AUGUUUGACGAUCAGGAUGAUACGCCGGUUAGUUUAACAAUUAAUAAAGCUUAUGCUAAUAAAUAUCAAAAUUGGAGAGAAAAAGAAGAGAAACAGAAACUGAUUGCAAGGUAUGGAAGUGAUGUUGAAGAUGAUUCAGACGAAGAAUCUGAAGAUGAAAAUGGCGAAGAAUGGACAGAAGACGUGGAAAAGGAGUUUCUCCGUUGUUAUUCGAUUCUGAAGAAACGUGAUCCGAAAAUUUAUGAUUCUAAAACGAAGUUUUUCGAAACUUCAUCAUCGUCAGAUAAACCCGAAGAGAAAUCAACGACAAAGCCGAAGAAAGAAAAGAAAAUGAACCUCAAGGAUGCCGAAAUUCAAUAUGCAUUAGCAGAAGCAAAAAAUAAUGGAGCAGAAGAUGACAAUGAUAUCAGUCGCAUUCGAACUAAUGGAAAACAAUCGAUUAUAGAAGAGCAAGAAGAAAUCAAACGAAGUAUUAAAAAAGUUCUUUCAACGACGGAUGAUGACGAUGGAUUAUUUAGCAAGAAAGUCAAAUCUGAAACAGAGAAGACAAAAGAAGAUGAGGAGUACAUCGAAUGGUUAAAAGGACAGAAGAAAGAAUUACCUGAUUCAACUAUCAAAUCUGAUCUGGAAUAUUUGCAUGAGUAUUGGAAUGAUCCAUCAUUAUCUGAGCGUGAUCGAUUCUUACGGGACUUUAUUCUGAAUAAAAAGCAUCUACGUCAUGCUGAUGACGAUGAAGAUGAUGAAACGAACAUACCGUCGUACGAUGAAAUCAUCAAUCAAAAUGAAGAUGAGGAUGAAGAAUUCGAAAAAGCUGAAGAGUUCGAACGAAAGUAUAAUUUUCGUUAUCAAGAACCCGAUGCUGAAUUCUUGAAACGUUAUCCGCGAACGAUCGAUGAUAGUGUUCGACGAAAAGAUGAUCGAAGGAAGUUGAAACGUCAGGAGAAAAAACAACGAAAGGAACUGGAGCGUAAACAAAAAUCCGAAGAAAUUAAACGUUUGAAAAACUUGAAGAAAAAGGAAAUUUUGGAUAAAAUGAACCGGUUGAAAGCCGUCGCUGGCGAUGAUGGUCUACCAUUGAAUAUCGAUGAUCUCAAUGCGGAUUUCGAUCCGAAAGAGUACGAUCGGCGAAUGCAAGAAUUGUUUGAUGAUAAUUAUUAUGCGAAAGAGAUCAAUGAAGAUGAACAAUCGGAGAUAUCCGACGAAGAACUUCAAGUGGAGAAUUGGGAUCGAACAGAUGAACUCGUUACUUCUAAACCUGUGCAAUCAAAUAAUCAAACAGUAGAAGUAGACCAACAAGCACAAACAAAGAAAUCGAAGAAAAAAUCGAAACUAUAUCAAGCAAUUUCUCAAUCGAAGCCAACAUUUGAUCCAAAAGAGAAAUCGUUCGAACAGUACUUUGAUGAAUAUUACAAACUUGAUUGUGAAGAUUUCAUUGGUGAUACGCCUGUUCGAUUUCAAUACCGAUCAGUUGAACCGAAUGAUUUUGGUUUGACUAUUGAAGAAAUUCUUGCGGCUGAUGAUCGAGAACUGAAUGCUUGGUGUUCACUAAAGAAAACUUCACAAUAUCGAGCAAAAGACGAAGAAAUUCGAGAUCGACAUGUUUAUAAAAACAAGGCGAAAAACUUAGAAAAGAAGAAAAAGAUUUUAAGCAGUGUUUAUCACGAAAAAGAUGAAGAAAAUGAAAGUCACCAUUCGGAAGAACAGCAAAACAAGUCUAACGCACCGCGCUCUGAUGAGAAAACAUGUCUGCCAUCAUCGAGUGAAACGACAGCAACAACGGUGACAACAACAUCAGAAGUAACAUCGACGAAGAAAAAGAAACGAAAAGAAAAACAUUUAUCGAACGAUCAGCGAUUGUUAACUGAUAUGUCUGAUGAACGUUUGCAAGUUUAUGGUUUGAAUCCAAAGCGAUUCAAAAAUUUUGUUCGUUUCAAUAAAGAUAAAAAAUAA